AUGGCACCCACUGCUUGCGGCUGUCUCAGGACUGCUGAUCAGUCAAUGCCGGAUCUGGAGCCUGCCAUGUUCCCGCGGUUCGAUUUGGCUGAGGCGACGCAUUCCGAGUACUUGGAAUUCGCCAGUCAGGCAGACCACGUUGCACCCGAGGAUCUGGCCGACAUGUGCAGUGCACUUUGGGCAGCAUGGGCGAUCCUUCUUGGCUGUUUCACCGGGCUAGACAACGUAUGUUUCGGACUUGACAGUCAGCACAGCGUUACCAAAACGUCGGGACAUGCAGAACGCAUGAGACAAGCUGUGCAUAUUCGUUUGCCUGCCAAUCAGCGUGUCCAGGAAAUUCUCACCGACAGCUUUUCUUCGCUGGUUCUGGUACGAGACGAAGAGGCCAAAACACUAUUCAACACUAUUCUAUCAAUUCAUAGCCUCGCCCCUGGGCCAAACAAAGUCGCCCAGGACCUUCCUUCGUGGUGCAAAAUUCGCCUGACGGUAGAUCCUGUGACGCUCGACACUGUCCUGACAUGGAACCCUUCAUUCAUGAGCCGAGAUCAAGCAGAGAACGUCAGCAGCACCUUCGACAAGAUUUUGAGGGAAACCAUCAACCGCCCCGAGACUCUCGUGUCAAAGAUCAACUGCUUCAGUGAGCGAAAUGAGCGACAAGUCCUGGCCUGGAACAGCAACUCUGUGAGGAAUGUGCACAAGUGCAUCCACCAAGCCGUGUCAAUGCAAGGAGUGUUAAGACCCGAUGCAGAGGCCAUUUGCGCUUGGGAUGGAAGCCUUUCAUACCAACAGGUCUUGUCCCUAUCAGAUCGUCUUGCCUGUCGUCUGCAAACCUCGGGCGUUGGGCCUGAAGUCUUUGUGCCCAUCUGCUUCGAUAAAUCUAAAUGGGUUGUUGUUUCCAUGCUGGCGGUGCUCAAGGCAGGCGGUAUCUUUGUGCCUCUCGACCCUGCGCAACCACUGCUUCGUCUACAAUCUCUCGCGCAAAAGGUGGAAGCCAAGACUAUCCUGUGUUCCCCUCAACACCAGCGCAUGCUAGAGAGUAUAGCGUCCGAGUUGAUCCCCGUCGAUGACCAGCUAUUCACCGAACUAGCUGAGCAUAGUGACGAGGUCGACUGCGGAUCGUGGCGCAACGGAGCCUAUAUGAUAUUCACGAGUGGGACAACGGGUGAGCCAAAAGGCGCCCUCAUCGAGCAUGGAGCCCUCAUGUCGAGUGCACUCGCUCACGGACCUGCAAUGAUGAUGGACUCCAACACGCGAUCGUUUCAAUUCGCUGCGUCUACCUUUGACGUGAGCAUCACCGAGAUCUUGACCUGCCUGAUAUUGGGUGGAUGUGUCUGCAUACCAAGCGAAGACGCUCGGCUCAACGCCGUCGAAGAGGCCAUCACACAGCUCCGAGCAAACUGGGCGCUACUUACUCCGACAUUCGUCAAAUUCAUCAACCCUACCAAUGUGCCGACCUUGAAGACACUUGUCACUGGUGGAGAGGCCAUGACGCAGGCCAUCAUCCGCUCGUGGUCUCACAUCAACCUCAUCAACUGCUACGGCCCUGCCGAGACGUCUGUUGUUUCACACGUCCACCGAGGCAUGGUACAAGGGACCAAUCCGCUGAACAUUGGCCAUCAGGUCGGCAUACACUGCUGGAUUGUGGAUCGGGACAAUCACGAUCGUCUCAUGCCUGUCGGUGCUGUCGGCGAAUUGGUCAUCCAAGGUCAUACGCUCGCACGCGAGUACUACAAAGAGCCCGACAAGACGAGCGAGGCCUUCAUUGAAGAUCCAUCGUGGGCAAAAGACCAACCACCGCGAGCGGGCUCUAGACGAAUGUACAAGACGGGUGAUCUCGUCAAGUACAAUCACGAUGGUACCUUUCAUAUCGCUGGCCGCAAAGAUGCCCAGAUCAAGUUUCACGGGCAACGCAUCGAACUCGGAGAGAUAGAGUAUCACAUCAAUGCCAGCGCCAGCAUCAAGCAUGGUAUGGUCGUCCUGCCAAGAGAAGGCUUCUGCAAUGGCCGGCUCUUGGCCAUCGUGCAGCUCUGCGAUGCCCUGAAUCAGGACCUCGUGCCCAACGGCCAGCCCUAUAAGCUGAUCGACGGCCAGCUCGAGAGUACGGCGCAGGACAAGAUUGCAGAGGCCAAGGAUCUGCUUAUCGAGAGGCUACCUUCAUACAUGAUACCGUCCAUGUGGCUUGCCGUCGAGUUCAUCCCUCGCCUCCAAUCUGGAAAACUCGACCGUAAGCAAACUGCAAAAUGGGUCGAUGGCAUGAGCGAGGCCCUUUAUCGACAACUCAAUCCUGUAGCAGUCGUUCAGCGUUCGGGGGAUCUGCAGUGCAAAAACAAGAUUGAGUUGGAGCUACACAAGAUCUGGACGUACGUCUUGAACCUCAAGGAAGAGCAACUUGGCCUUGCACAGUCCUUCCUGAGUGUUGGUGGUGACUCCAUCUCAGCGAUGCAAGUCAUGAGCGAGUGCAAGAAACGUGGCCUUGGCCUGGCAGUCUCGCAUAUCAUCAAUUGCAAGUCCAUCAGCGCACUGGCACUACAGGUCAAGGAUAUUGAGAGGCCCACGCUUCUCCACGAGAUGGUGGAAAAGCCUUUUGACCUCUCGCCCAUCCAAAAGCUCUACUUCUCGAGGCCGAACUACAACCAGGGUCACUACAACCAGAGCUUUCUCCUCCGGACGAGCCAACAUAUCCAUGAGUCAGAUCUGCGCAAGGCAAUGGAGACUGUCAUUUCCAGGCACUCGAUGCUCCGUGCCAGGUUCCAGCAGGAUGCCAGUGGGGAGUGGCAACAACGCAUCAGCAACGAUGUUACGUCCUCGUAUCGGCUGCGUGCCUUGAAACUGGCUUCGCGAGAGGACGUCGAUCACUCGCUUGUCGAUAGCCAGACUUGCCUGGAUCCUGUAGGCGGCCCACUUGUUGCUGCUGAUCUUAUUGAACGAGACGCAGAAGAGCAGCUCUUGUUCGUCGUGGCGCAUCAUCUGGUCAUUGACCUUGUCUCGUGGAGAAUCAUCCUCCAAGAGCUCGAGGAGAUAUUGCUCCGGCCUGAAGUUGUGCAUGAUACAGAUCGCCCACUCCCGUUUCAGGUCUGGUGUAAGAUGCAGUCCGAGCAUGCUGAAGCCCAGACCCCAGACCAAGUACUGCCAAUCCACGGUAUUCCCGACGGAGACUCCGAGUACUGGGGAAUGACGAACAUACCCAAUCUCUAUGGGCAGAUGGCUCGUCAAGGCUUUGAAAUCGGGCCGUACCAAACAUCUCUUCUUGUAUCCAAAUGCCAUGACUCUCUACGAACAGAGAUCCCGGAUGUUCUUAUGGCAGCAAUGGUCUAUUCCUUUGGCCAGAUAUUCACGGACCGUCCAAUUCCAGCCGUGUUUGCAGAAGGCCACGGCAGGGAGGCCUGGGACAGUUCAAUUGACUUGUCAAACGUGGUGGGAUGGUUCACUACCAUUUACCCCGUCUUUGCUGGCUCAGAUACGCAUUCCAGUCUCAUCGAUACAGUCAAGAUGAUCAAGGAUGGAAGACGCAAGGUUCCCGAUAACGGCCGGCCUUACUUUGCGAGCCGCUGGCUGACAAAAGAGGGUAAAGAAGCCUUUUCUCGCCACUGGCCAUUGGAAAUCACCUUCAAUUACCUCGGCCAGUACCAGCAACUGGAGCGUGAGGGCGCUCUUUUCACUGCUGAGAGCAAUAUCGCCGGCGAGAUUAGGGAGGCCAGUCAAGGCGCAGACGUCGGGCCUCUGACAGCCUGUAUCUCCCUAUUCGAGGUGUCAGCCGUCAUCAUCAAGGGAUCUCUCCGUUUCUCAUUUGGGUUCAGCCAGAACAUGAAGCACCAACCACAGAUUCGCCAGUGGAUUUCCUACUGCGAGCAGAGUCUCGGCGAACUUAUUACAUCUCUGUCUUCAAUGGCACCCGAGCCUACUCUAAGCGAUUUCCCGCUCCUCUCCCUGACCUACGAUCGUCUGAGGGUAUUCACAGAGGAGAAACUGCCCGAGGCUGGGAUUACAGACGUGGAUCUUAUCCAAGAUGCCUACCCUUGCUCUCCGAUGCAAUCAGGGCUCUUGGUCAGCACCACUAGGGAGAACGCUGCUUACGCUGCAUACACGCUCCACGAGGUCAAGAGUAGGAGCGGCGAGACGGUGGAUGUUGUGAAACUCAUCACUGCUUGGAAACGCAUGGUCCAAUACCACCCUAUUCUCAGAACUAUCUUCUUGGAAAGCGUUACAUUGGAAGACUCCAUCUACGACCAAGUAGUGCUAAAAGAAGUUCAAGUUCCGUUCACUGUUUCCGAGAGUGGUACAGACGAGGAGGCAAUUGCGGCUCUGAAAGUGCCUACGAAUCACGGCGACAACUCAUCCCGGCUGCUACACCAUUUCCAAGUUUGUAAAGCAAAGAGCGGCAGGGUGUUUUGCAGAUUGGACAUCAGUCACGUCAUCAUGGAUGGCACUUCGCUGUCAAUCCUCUUCCGCGACCUUGCACUUGCAUACCAAGGAAGCCUCAAGGCUGAAACAGGCCCGCCGUAUCGCGAUUACAUCAAAUCCCUGCAAACCCAGCUGGUUCAACCCGGCAUCGACUAUUGGAAAUCUUACCUGGCUGGUAUCGAGCCGUGUCUUUUCCCCGUCCUGGACGACGGGGAAAUUGCCGAGGUCAAGGAGCUGAGACACUUGAGGGUCAGAUUUGACGAGCUCGCUGAGUUGCAGAGCCUUUGUGAGCACCAGGGAGUCACGAUUGUCAACGCCAUAUAUGCUGCCUGGGCAGCCACAUUGUGUUUGUAUACUGGCUCUGAUGAGGUUUGCUUUGGAUAUCUGACAUCGGCUCGUGACCUGCAAAUUGAAGGCAUCCGUGAUACGGUUGGUCCCAUCAUCAACAUGGUCACAUGUCGUGUCAACGUUGAUAGUGCGACCAACUUCGGAGACAUAAUGAGCUCAGUGCAGAGGGACUAUCUCGAUAGUUUAGAGUACCGCCACACUCCCUUGGCCCAGGUUCACCACGCCCUUCAGCUCUCCGACGCCGUUCUGUUCAACACAGCCUUGUCGUAUAGAAAGCUACCACCAAUCCCGCAGACGGACCUUGUGUUCGAGGAAUGCUGCCCUACUUAUGACCCUGAUGAGUACAAUGUGUCAGUCAAUGUCGAAGCAGGCGAGCAAGACAUGGCCAUUGACUUGAUGUACUGGUCCGAUACUCUGUCGGGUGGACAGGCUGCCAAUGUUGGUAGCACUUUUACAAAGGCGCUCAGCAAUAUCCUGCAUCAUUGCAACCAGCCCAUUGCCCAGCUCGACCAAUUAGGUUCCUGGCAUAGCAAUCAGAUCUGCCAAUGGAACCAGCGGAUUCCCGAAGCCAUUGAAAGCUGCAUCCAUGGCUUGUUCAAACAGCAGGUGGGCUUACGUCCUGACAGCCCCGCGAUUGUCUCAUGGGAUAUGGACUUUACCUAUGCUGAGCUUGAUGACGCCUCCGAUAAGCUCGCCCAUCACAUUAGUUCCUUGGGCGUCGGCCUGGAGACCUUCGUGAUGGUCUGCUUCGACAAGUCUGCAUUUGCCAUAGUUUCUAUGCUGGCCAUUCUCAAAGCUGGCGGCGUAUGCGUACCUCUGGACCCAGCACACCCGGACACUGCGUUUCGACUUCGUGCCGAGGAUACAGGGGCUACUAUCGCCCUUGUGUCUCCCUCAUUGGUGUCCAAGCUCAGCUACAUCGCCAAGACAACGGUGUCUGUGGACGCAGAUCUACUUCGAACCAUCUCGACGGCACUUGAGCCACCUCUUCCUCAGGUCACGCCUCAUAACGCCUGCUUCGUUAUUUACACCUCUGGUAGCACAGGACGUCCUAAGGGUGUGGUGCUAGAGCAUAGAGGAAUCGCCAGCAACGCCAUAUACUCAGGCCCCAAGCUAGGCUACGGCCCGGACUCGAGGGUGUUGCAGUUCGCUUCUUACACCUUUGAUAACAGUCUUGCCGAAAUAUUCAACACCAUCAGCCUGGGGGGUUGCGUAUGCGUACCCUCGGACCAUGAGAGACUCAACGACUUGGCCGGAGCAAUUAAUCGGUACAGGGUCACAUUGGCUGAUAUAACACCCACGGUGGCCUGCUUCCUCAAGCCAUCAGAAGUCCCGACCUUGAAGACUCUGGCUCUAGGAGGCGAAGCAGUGACUGCCAAGUGUGUUGGCAUCUGGCGCAACUUUGUGUCUCUGCAAUGCUGCUACGGGCCGUCAGAAUGCUCCGUCAACUCGACCUACUGUGGAGAUAUUGCCCAGCCAGGGAAAGCCAACAACAUUGGCCGUGCCAUUGGUAGCGUCGCUUGGGUAGUUGAUGCGACCGAUCACAACCUCCUCGUCCCAAUUGGUUGCGUAGGCGAGCUCCUCAUCGAUGGCCCUAUCGUCUCUCGAGGCUACCUAAAUUUGCCAGACAAGAUGGCACAGUCUUUUGUUCCUCCACCCGCUUGUAUCGAGGGAAUGACUGAGAACGGUAGACUGGAUCGCAAACUCUACAAAACCGGCGACCUUGUGCGCUACAAUUCCGAUGGCACCCUUACGUACUUGGGGAGAAAGGAUACUCAGGUCAAGCUCAAUGGCCAGCGCAUCGAACUUGGAGAGAUCGAGCACCACAUCGAGAAGAAUCUUCCCAAAGGCUGGGAAUCUGCCGUGGAGCUUAUCACAUCAGAGGGCAGGAAGUCUCUCGCCUGCUUUGUCUGUGCUGAUGCCGAUGUUUCCCUCCGUGAAACAAGCGAUGAGAGCAUGGUAUUGGACAUGGAUGACACUUUCAGGGCUCAUGCCAAACGGCUCGAGAUUGUGCUCUUCAAUGCAGUUCCCGCCUACAUGGUCCCAUCCGCGUGGCUUCCCGUCUCCAAGAUGCCUCUUACUUCGUCAGGCAAGCUGAAUCGGCGCAGCCUCAGGGUUCUGGGAGAGUCGGUGCCGGCAACAAAGAUGAAGUCAUACAAGCUCGCCCUCAAGAGCGGCAGAGCACCAUUCAGCGAAGUGGAGAGACAGCUGGCCGCUAUGUGGGCUGAGCUGCUGAACAUGGACGUGGCGUCUAUCGGGGUCCAAGAUCACUUCUUCAAACUUGGAGGCGACUCGAUCGGGGCCAUGCAACUGGUGACGCUUGCUCGAUGUUCCAACAUGGACUUGACCGUGGCUGGGGUGUUCCAAAAGCCAUCCCUAUUGGAUAUGGCGGACUCGGCGGUACCAUUAUCCAAGGCCCCGAUCACGGCAUACCGGCCGUUCUCGUUGUUAUCUGGCGAGUGUUCGGUCGAUGCGUUGCGACAAACUGUUGCUGCCUCUGCUUGUAUCAGCGUCGGAGAUAUUCAAGAUAUCUAUCCUUGUUCCGCAUUGCAAGAGGGUCUCAUGGCUCUCUCGACUAAGGAGCCUGGAGCUUAUGUGGCUCAACUCAUCUAUCGAUUACCAACCGACAUAGACACCAUCAGGUUCCAGAAGGCUUGGAGUCUUGUGGUAGAGGCUGAACCAACACUGCGAACGAGGAUUGUUCAUACAGAAGAUGCCGGGUUCGUGCAGGUUGUUGUAGCUGAGGAAACCCCCCAAUGGUCCACUAUUGACAGUCUCUCUGAUGCCGACGCGAUUCGACGCCAGCUUCCGCUCCAUAAUGGUGGGAGAUUGACCAACUAUAGUCUCGCUGACGAUGGCUUUACUGGCAAAUGCUUUGUGUGGACUAUUCACCAUUCCAUCUAUGAUGGCUGGUGUCUCCCUCUCAUCCUGGACAAGGUCAAGCGAUGCUACCAUGACGAUCUGAGUUCCAUGCAACUCAAGGGCCCUGACUACUCCGGCUUUAUUAAAUACCUCACAGACCUUGACACGAAUAAAGACGCCGACUUCUGGAAGUCCCAUCUUUCCAACAUGUCCACCCAGCACUUCCCACGUCUUAACGCUGAUUACCAGGCUUCCGCAAAGAGCUUGAUGAUUCACAAAGCAACAUUGGCGAGCACAUCUGGAUCAGAGAUCACUGCCGCUACUAGAAUCCGCACAGCCUGGGCAAUGGCGGUUUCUACCUACUCUGGAACCAACGAUGUCGUCUUCUGGGAAACGAUGACAGGGCGCGAUGCUCCUGUCGUCGGAAUUGAGGAAAUGGCGGGUAUCACGUUAGCAACUGUGCCGACGCGUGUAGUCAUUGAGCCCUCACAGACAAUCACUGAACUACUUGCCUCUGUCCAAGAUCACUCAGCAGCUGUGAGAAGGCACCAGUUCGCUGGCAUUCAAUCCAUCAAGAAUAUCAACGCUGAUACGGCCCUUGCUUGCGGCGCUCAGAAUCUCUUGGCCAUAAACUAUGGACCUCGGGAGUUGACAGAUGACUUUUGGUGCGAGCAGUCAAACGAAAUGGCUGGUACUAAUUUCUACUCAUCAUACCCGCUCAUGCUCUCGUGCCACCUUUCAGACGGCGAGCUCGAGACUGUCGUGCACUUUGAUCCCAAUGUGAUACCUGAGCCUCAGAUGCAGCGCAUCAUGCACCACUUUGCACUGAUGUUGGAGUCCGUCUUCUCCUCUGAUCUGUUGGAUGAGAAGCUUGGCAAUAUACCUUUGUUGAGCUGCAGUGACCACCAGACGCUGCAGGAUAUGAGCCAUGUUUCGACUCCCCCAUUUGAUGGACUUAUCCACGACGCUAUCAGGACUCAGACACUAGCCCAACCACAAGACAAGCUCGCUGUCGUGUCGUGGGACCAAAACCUCACAUACGCGGAUCUGGACUCUCAAUCUACACGUCUUGCUGGUGUUUUGGUCGAAAAUGGCGUUUCAGUCCAUUCUACUGUUCCUUUCUGCAUGGACAAGUCAUCUUUGGUUGUCGUCUCCAUCAUGGCCAUCCUCAAGUCGGGUGCUGCCUUUGUGCCACUGGAUCCGGCACAUCCCGACGCUCGAAUCGAGGGCAUUCUUACCGACACUGGGGCCACAGUCGUCCUCUCGUCCGACCAGCACGCUGAGCGCUUAACGAAGCUCGGAUCACAGGUGAUCUCGGUCUCGCAAGCUUUGGUAGACGGUAGUACCCUAGGCCAAGAUGAACCAACUAGGCAAGCAGCUCUAUCAUUAUCUGCCAACAGCCCGGCUUACAUCAUCUUCACCUCUGGCACAACGGGGAAGCCCAAGGGAACCAUUGUUGAUCACUCAGCAUUUUGCACUGGUGCGUAUGCACAUGGCCGCGCCAUGGGCAUUACAGCAUCGUCGCGCGUCUUGCAAUUUGCUUCCCACACAUUUGACGCCAGCAUCAUGGAGAUCCUUACUACGCUUAUUCAUGGCGGGACAGUCUGUGUGCCAAGUACCGACGAGCGUCUCCACGAUCUUGCGGGGGCUAUAAACCGCAUGCGUGUCAACUGGGCUUUGUUAACGCCUUCUGUGGCCCAGCUGCUUCAGCCGUCGCUUGUGCCUGGGCUCGAGACACUGGUGCUCGGAGGUGAGGCCAUGUCCUCUGCUCAUAUCUCUUCCUGGGCGUCAUCAGUUCGUCUUAUGAACGCGUACGGACCCAGUGAGACUGCCGUGGUAGCUGCUGUCAACCCGACUGUUACGCUGAAUUCUUCUCCGUCGAAUAUUGGUCACGCAGUGGGGGGUAUCUGCUGGGUCACCGACGCCACCAACCACGACAGACUUAUGCCUGUUGGCGCUGUAGGCGAACUCUUGAUAGAAGGGCCGAUCCUCGCUCAAGGGUAUCUGAAUAACCCCCAGAGAACUGCAGAAUCCUUUAUCACCAACCCCAAGUGGUGCCAACAGUUCCCAACCGCGGCUGUAGGCAUGGAACGCAGAUUUUACAAGACGGGGGAUUUGGUCAAGCUUACUGAGGGUGGGAUUGAGUUCCAUGGACGAAAGGAUGAUCAAGUCAAGGUCAACGGUCAGAGAAUCGAGUUGUCUGAGAUUGAGCACCAUUUGAGCGCGGACCCUGCCGUCGAGUCCUGUCUGGCCGCUGUUCCAGCUUCCGGCCCCUUCAAAGCCCGCCUGGUAGCCAUUCUAUCCCUCCACUCUCUUGCUGUCAUCAAGGCAGAAAUGACAGGAGAUGAAGAGAUGCAGAUCAUGCACAAGUAUGCUCCGUCCCUUUUGAUGGGUAUUCGUGAGGGCCUUGCAAGGCAUCUGACAAGUUACAUGAUCCCAUCUUUGUGGAUUGUCGUGAGCCAUAUUUCUCUCCUCCCCUCUGGCAAGCUUGACCGCAGGCGCGCUAUGAGAUGGGUCGAGGGUAUGACUCUUGAACAAUACCAUCUGAUUCUUGAUGCACAGGAAGAGGCGUCCGCUCUGGAUAGAGAAGCAUCGGAAGUGGAGAUCAAGCUUAGGGCUGCUUGGGCCAAGGCACUGAACCUCAAGGUCGACGUGGUGCCAUUCAAGCAGUCAUUUCUCCAUCUCGGCGGUGAUUCAAUAUCCGCUAUGAAGCUGAUGGCCAUUUGCCGCUCCUCCAAUAUGGCUGUGUCCGUCAGUCAGAUUAUGCGAGCCAAGUCCAUCAUCGACCUUGCCUCUGCCGUCACCAACGUCGAGGAUGUCAUGUAUGAUGAAGAACAGCUGAACAAACCUUUUGAACUGUCACCCAUUCAAAAGGUCUACUUUGAGAGUAUCGGCCUAGGUUCUCACCACUUCAACCAAAGCAUGACUCUGGCCACGACCCGCAACAUCACCUCGCAGGAGCUAUCGAAAGCUUUGCACUCUAUCGUCAAGAUGCAUAGCAUGAUGCGUGCUCGCUUUUCACAGGUUGAUGGUAACUGGACCCAGCGUAUAACUAGCGACAUCGCGGGCUCCUACACUCUCCGAUCACACGUCAUCGUUGACGAGAAGCGCCUCUUGGAGUUGGUAGUGGACAGUCAGACUAGCUUGAACAUUAUUGACGGACCUAUGUUCGCUGCCGACAUAUUUGAGAUGGAGGGAACGGGUAACCAAAUCAUUACAUUCGUGGCUCAUCACCUGAUUGUCGAUGUGGUGUCUUGGAACAUAAUACUACAGGAUCUAGAAGGGUUCUUGUCACCAUCUUCCUACAGCCCUGCAAAAUCAGUCUCCUUCCAGAUGUGGAAUUCUAAACAACACGAACAAGCUCAGAAGCCAUCACUGGAGCAUGUAUUCCACGAUAUUCCGGUCCCUUUACAGGACCACCGAUAUUGGGGAAUGGAAGGCGUACCAAAUCUUCAUGGCGACUCCGUCACUGAGACUAUCAAGAUACCCACUGCCACAUCAUCCUUGCUCUCAGGUGGCAGCCAUGAUGUUGUUGACGUCUUGCUAGCAUCCCUGUUGGCCUCUUUCCGCCAAACCUUUCCAGACCGGGCUUCGAUGCCCCCCAUAUUCAACGAGGGUCAUGGGAGAGAGCCUCCUGAUGACGUUCUGGAUCUAUCACGUACCGUUGGAUGGUUUACCACUCUCUGUCCUGUCUAUCUCCCCGAGGUCAUUCCUGUUGAGCACGACAUCCUUGAUGUUGUGUGCUGGAUACGGGACUUUCGGAGAAAGCUUCCUGGCAACGGUCGACCUUACUUUGCUCAUAGCAUGUUGUCUGACUCAAAGACCCAGAUCGCUAAUCCGGAAUGGCCGGCGGAAAUUGCCUUCAAUUUCCUCGGCCAUACACAGGACUUUGGAACGGAGGACUCCGUUUUCAAGUCCGUCGAUGGAAACAUGUUGGACUCUUUGAGCUCACAAUCCGACAUCGGGGCCAACAUCCCACGCUUGGCACUCAUCGAAAUCUCUGCCUCCUUCACUAGCGACGGGCUAAGCUUCGACUUUUCCUUCAACCGCCACAUGGACCGCCAGUCGUCUAUCAGCAGCUGGAUCGAGAACUGUAGGGAGCAUAUACACCGCGCAGCCCAAAGGUUGUCUCAAGUCAUAUAUGAGCCAUCCGUGGACCUGUCUCUGCUUCCUCUAGCAUUCAAGAAGGAGUUCCAGGUUCAACAGAAUCUCGCUGAAGUGGGUAUCGCCUCUCUUGAUAAUGUUGAAGCAGUAUAUCCAUGCUCUUCGGUUCAGCAGGGCAUCCUCUUGUCCCAGAUCAAGGACCCUGGAUACUACUCUUACUCGAUCACGUUUUCAGUUACGUGCGUGCGAUCAGGCUAUUUAAUCGACGCGCAACGACUAUCAGACGCCUGGAAGCAUGUGGUAAUUCGUCAUUCUACGCUUCGGACCGCCUUUGUGGACAGUGUACUACAGGAGGGCGCUAUAAGUCAAGUUGUUCUAAGGAACCCUGAUGUCAAUGUUUCCAUCCUUGAAUGUCCCGACACAGAGGUAGACCAGAGGCUUAGUGCACUUCCACCACUCGGCCUUCCUAUGAACCAGCCACCUCAUCGUCUCACAAUCUUCAACACCGCAGAGGGUACAGUGCAGUGUGUUCUAGAAAUGAGCCAUGCCAUCUCCGAUGGAACCUCUAUGCCAAUUCUGUUCCGCGACCUUGGCCUGGCGUACGAGGGCAGCUUGGAUACUGUCAAUCUUGCAGUUUACAGGGACUACAUCUCUUUCUUGCAGCGAAGUGGAGGCUCUCAGGACGCCCAGUACUGGAAAGAGUAUUUGGACAGAGCUGAGCCUUGUUGCCUGCCUCUGCUAACCGACGGGACCACAAAUCCCAGGGCUCUUAGAACUCUUGACCAAGCUAUCUCGCAUGCUGCCGAGCUUCAGAUGCUUUGCAACGAAAGAGGCGUCACUUUAUCCAACCUGCUACAACUGGCUUGGGCGCUGGUCCUCCAAGCAUACACAGGCCUUGACGAUGUGUGCUUUGGCUAUCUUGUCGCUGAGAGGGACGUUCCGGUCAGUUGCAUUGAUGAGGCAAUUGGUGUAUUCAUCAGUAUGCUCGUCUGCCGAGUCCGCCUUGAUCCAUCCACCAGCCUCGGCGAUGUGCUGCGAGCCAUCCAAGAAGACCUCGCCACGGCUAUGAACUACAAGAAUGUCUCGCUUGCCAGCUUUCAACACGCCAUGGGUAUCUCUAACGAGCCUCUCUUCAACACCGCCUAUUCGUUUCAGCGCAGGUCAGUCUCCAAAGAUAUGACAACUGAUGCCAUUUCUUUCGACGUUAGAGAUGCGCAAGAUCCUAGCGAAUACGACCUGACUGUCAAUGUCGAAGUCUGGGACUCUAAUGUCGAACUGCAGUUAUGUUACUGGCAAGACAAAGUGUCAGACUCGCAGGCCAUCAACAUUGCCUCUACAUUUGACCAGGUCUUGUCCUCAAUUAUGAGAUGCGACACAGCACUUCCGAUAGGAGAACUCAACAUUCUCAGUGAACAUGGCAGACAGCAGUUGAUGUCGUGGAACAAUGCUGAGCCCGAGGUAUUGAACGAAUGUGUGCAUCGCGUCUUUGAGCACAAUUGCCAGCGACUACCCAGCCAUACACCAGCUAUCGAAGCAUGGGAUGCAAGCUUUACGUACUCUGAACUUGAUGCGGUGGCUUCCCAAUUUGCUCAGUACCUUGUCUUUCUUGGAGUUGGGCCCGAGAUGUACAUCCCGCUUUGUUUCGAAAAGUCGGCAUGGACCGUCGUUGCCAUGAUGGCAGUUUUGAAGGCUGGCGGCGCCUUUGUUCCUCUGGACCCUACUCAUCCACCUGAUCGUAUCAAGUUCUUGGUCAGCAAUGUUGACGCCAAGCUCAUUAUCUGCUCCACGUCCCUGACAGCCAAGUUCAAAAGCCUGGAUCUUCCGGCUAUUGCUCUUGGCAGGGAGACUAUGUCGUUUCUUCCCCCCGUUUUGCCGGGCUCUGCCAGAGUCAUGGUUCGGCCUGACAAUGCUGCCUACAUCAUCUUCACCUCAGGAACAACAGGUGUUCCCAAGGGUACGAUAAUCGAGCAUGGAUCAUUCACCACUGGAGGCACGGCUCACGCAAAGGCUAUUAUGAUGACAUCUACCUCUCGCGUGCUGCAAUUUGCGUCUCACACAUUCGAUGCCAGCGUCAUGGAGAUUCUUUCCACCUUGUUAGCGGGCGGCUGUAUCUGCAUUCCCAGCGACCAAGACCGCAUGAAUGACUUAUCAGGCGCCAUUAACAAGUUCAACGUGAACUGGACUCUUCUCACACCAUCUGUGGCAAGCGUUCUCAAGCCGGGUAGUAUUCCUACCCUCAAGGUCCUCGUCACCGGCGGCGAAGCAAUGUCAAGAGACCACAUUACGAAAUGGGCUGGCCAUGCUGCUCUGAUCAAUGCUUACGGUCCCAGUGAGACGGCUGUUAUUGCUGCAACGAGCAGAAAGGUUGAUCAUGACGGACACAUACUCAACGGGGACCCUGCUACUAUCGGGAAUGCUGUUGGUAGUCGUUGCUGGAUUGUAGAUGCGCGAAACCACAAUCGCCUAAUGCCAGUCGGCGGCAUAGGUGAGCUCCUCGUGGAAGGGCCUAUUGUGGCCAGAGGCUACCUUGGCAACGAGGCAAAGACGAAAGAGUCAUUCAUCGAACCUCCAUCCUGGCGUGCAGGUAUGAAGCUUGAGGGAGAUGGCAUAGGUCGUCUGUACAAGACUGGUGAUCUGGUCAUGUACAACUCGGAUGGUUCUCUCAAGUACGUAUCACGCAAGGACACACAGAUUAAACUCAAUGGACAACGUAUUGAGCUUGGUGAGAUCGAACACCAUGUCCAAGCCAACGUACCAGCCCACAUUCAAUCCGCUGUUGAUAUCGUUGUUCCACAGAGCAAGACAUCAACCAAGGCACUAGCCGUCUUCUUCACCAGCAGCGACGAUAAAGUCGAGGAUACGUCUACCCAAGAUAUGGAUCCACUCCUCACAACCAUGUCCAGUGCUUCGGCUGAACUUGCCCAGUCCCUCAAGUCCGCCGUCGGGAGUGCUCUACCAUCGUACAUGGUACCUACCAUCUACAUCCCACUGGCCAAGAUGCCAUGGACCUUGGCUGGCAAGCUUGAUCGCCAGAGACUCAAGGCUAUCGCCAAGUCUAUACCACCCCAGCGGAUGGCUUCCUAUAAGCUCUCUGGGACGGCUCGAACCGGAAACCACCCUACCACGCCAAUGCAGCGCAAACUACAGAAAGCCUGGGCCACAGUCUUGAACAUUCCCAUCGGCCAGAUCAGCAAAAGUGAUAGCUUCUUUAGACUCGGCGGUGAUUCAGUCGACGCCAUGAAGCUUGUUGCGGCGGCUAGGACGGAAGGCGUGGUCAUCACCGUCAUGGCCAUCUUCAACAACCCUGUCUUGUCAGAUAUGGCAACGUCAUGCAAACACUCAGAUGAAACUCUUGUCUCGAGCGUAGACUCGUUUUCACUCCUUUCAGACGUUGCAGACCCUUCAUUGCUUCUGCAUGAGCUUGCAGGUCGAUGCGGCGUCCAGGAGAGCCAGAUCCUGGAUGUCUACCCUUGUAGCUCUCUCCAAGAAGGUCUUGUUGCCUCGUCCUUGCAGCAGCCAGGCGCAUAUGUCGCUACAUAUGUUUUUGAACUUCCUUUGGGUAUCUCCAUAGAUCGUUUCAAGCUCGCUUGGCAAAAGACGAUUGAUCGAGUCGACAUUUUGCGAACACGUAUUGUGAACACCAUGUCGCUCAAGUCAUAUCAAGCUGUCCUUGCGCCCCAGGAAAUUGAAUGGGAGCAUCAUGACGACCUUGAUUCUGCUACAGCCAAGGCUGGAUCGAUACCUGAGCACAACGGAGGAGCCCUAGCCCGCUACAGUAUUGUCAACUCUCCUGAUGAUGGGGCUUGCCACUUUGUGUGGGUUAUCCAUCACGCGCUGUACGAUGCUUGGAGUAUGCCGUCACUGCUCAAGCUGGUUUCUCAGCUCUACCAUGGAGACACUACAGAUGAGCCCGUCGUCUACUACGCCAACUUUAUAAAGUACCUGGCCGACGUUGACACAGAAGCCUCUGACGAAUUCUGGAAGGCUAGGUUCCAAGACGCUUCUUCCGUAUCCCACUUCCCCAAAGUCUCUUCUGCAACAACCACGCAAUCAUGCCAUGAAUCUUUGACACAUACCAUCCAGUACAGCAGAAAUGACCUUGGCAUGGACAUAACGAUUCCAACAAUCGUCCGCGCAGCAUGGGCGCUUGUCCUGGGGUCUCAAACUGGAUCUGACGAUGUCGUCUUCGGCGAGACCUUGUCUGGACGUGACAUUGCCCUCGAUCAUGUACAAGACAUCCUUGGGCCGACAUUGACCACGGUGCCUUCAAGGGUUCAAAUUGAUCGGGAGGUUAGCAUUGGCGACUUGUUGAACAGUCUUCAUGAACGAGCUGCACAGGUGAUCCCCCAUCAGCAUGCGGGCCUCCAGCGCAUCAGACGUCUUGGUAAUGCCAUAUCAGUCGCCUGUGAGUUCCAGAACUUGCUGGUCAUACAGUCAUCCGACCAGGGAACGGGCCAGCAAGACCUGAUGAAUCCGAUCCAAGACAAGCUAGGUCAGCAAGGCUUCUUCACAUACCCACUCGUUGUCGAAUGCUCCAUCGAGACGCACGAGCUCGUCUUGACAAUUCACCACGACGACAGGGUCAUUUCAAGUUGGCAAACGCAGCGCAUCGCCCAGCAGUUCGAGGCGCUGGUGGAACAACUCACGGAUCUAUCGCUUCGACAGCCCACUCGCAAGGUAUCGGAACUUCGACUCUAUAGCCAAGAGGAUGUGGAGACUAUCAAGACAUGGAACAGCCGAGUCCUUGAGCCUUCAGAAGAGAGUAUUCCCAGCUUGUUCUGGCAGUCGGUGGCAACCAAGGGCAAUGACACCGCCAUUAGCGCCUGGGAUGGUCAACUCAGCUACGAUGCUGUUGCCCAGCACGCCACGAACCUCGCCAGAAUACUCGUGCAACAGGGUGUACGGGCUAAUGAGCUGGUCCCAUGCUGUAUGGACAAAUCCCUUUGGACGUCAGUCUCGAUGCUCGCUGUGAUACUCGCUGGCGGCGCCAUCGUUCCCUUGGACCCUGCACACCCUUCUGCUCGCCACGCCGAGAUCACCCUCGACUGCAAGGCCCGUGUUGCGUUAUGCGCACCGCAAUAUCAAGAGCGCUUCCGGGGCCUUGUCGGGUCUAUUGUUUUGGUCGAUGCCGAGCUGUUCACUGCCCAACUGCCUUGUCAAGAUGUUGCUCUGCAAGAUCUGCCAGCCGUUGCACCUCGAGAUGCCGCGUUUGUCAUCUAUACCUCUGGCAGUACCGGAAAGCCGAAAGGCGUAGUUAUUGAACAUGGGUCAUUUAUCACAAGCUCCAGGGCUUUCAUGAAACGCAUGAACAUUAGUCCAGCUUCGGGUGUACUCCAUUUUGCAUCCUAUGCAUUUGACAUCGCAAUGGGAGAGACAUUCGCUGCGCUCACCAUUGGUGCCUGUCUCUGCAUUCCUAGCGAGGAGAUGAGGAUGACCGAUCUUGCAGGUUCUAUGAACACGCUCGGGGUCACUUGGGCAUUCCUGACGCCCUCGCUUGCAAAUCUGCAGGAUCCCUCCAAGUUCAACACAUUGCAGACACUGGUUUGUGGAGGCGAGACUCUUACUCCCGAAACGAUCAGUGCCUGGGGAGACAAGGUCGAGCUUAUGAAUGGCUAUGGGCCAGCAGAGUGUACCAUGUUUGCGGUUGCCAACAGUGCCGUCUCCGCUACCAAGGAUCCUGCAAAUAUCGGCCACGCUAUGGACGGGAACCACACUUGGGUCGUCGAUCCCAGAAAUCACAACUGCCUUGCCCCUGUGGGAUGUGUAGGAGAACUGCUCAUCAGCGGCCCCAUUGUGACCCGCGGCUACUUGAACGACACGGAAAGGACGGCUGCAUCGUUCAUCAAGGACACAGCAUGGAUGCACUUUUUCACGAGCGAGCCCUUGCGUCUGUACAAGACAGGCGACUUGGUCAGGUAUUGUCCUGAUGGGUCCCUCGAGUAUCUAGGGCGCAAGGAUCAUCAGGUCAAGCUCCAUGGCCAGCGCAUGGAGCUCGGUGAGAUUGAGGCUCGUCUAGAGUCUGACCCGCGCAUUCGCCAGAUCCUAGUCAAUCUACCCAGAUCUGGCAUGUUCAAGGGCCGUCUGGUAGCCAUUGCUUCUCUCCAUGAUCCUUUGCCCACCGAGUCAUCCCUUGCUACGUCUGGUUUUGUCCCUAUCCCCGAUUCCGCCAUGGAUGCUGCCCGAACACAGAUUUGCGCGCUAAAACACGAUCUGGCCGAGACGCUUCCACCUUAUAUGAUUCCGUCAGUUUGGCUCGCCGUCCAAGCCAUUCCCCUCUUGCUCUCUGGCAAGCUCGACAGGGCUAGCUCUCACAGGUGGCUUGCUGAUACAGAUGUGGACUUUCGCAAAAUUGCUGUCGACCUGGAUCAUAGCCAAGAUGCCGUGGACACGGUAAUAACACCAGUUGGUCAGCAGCUUAGACGUAUCUGGGCAUCAGUCCUUGACAUUGCUGAGACGGAAACGCCUAUGGACCGUUCUCUCAUUGCCCUCGGCGGUGACUCCAUCAUGGCGAUUCAAAUACUUACUCGCUGCCACGACCAAUCCAUCGCAUUGACUAUGCAGGACAUCAUGAGCGCCAAGGCCAUUUCCGAGUUAGCCACAGUCGUCGCCGCCAAAGGACACCAAGUGCAGAGUGAAAUCAACCAACACGAGGAUGAGAACGAUCAAGCAUUCGAGUUGUCCCCGGUCCAGCGCCUCUUCUUCAACAACAGCGCCAAUAAGGACCGUGGAGAUCGCCUCAACCAAAGCCAACUCUUGUCCAUCAACAAAGCUGUCGGCAUAUCCAGCCUCCAAGAUGCUCUUGACGCUCUUGUUGAAAGGCACCCGAUGCUUCGCGCGCGGUUCAACAAAUCUUCUGAUGGGAAUUGGACACAACACAUCGCCUCACAUGUUCAGGGCUCAUGUGGCUUCCAACACCACGAGGUCGCUUCAGAAACCGACCUGAUUCCAAUCAUAGCCGCCAGCCACAGCAGUAUUGAUGUUUCUGGUCCUGUCUUUGCGGUCGACCUAUUCACACAGUCUAAUGGCUCUCAAGUAUUGUCACUUGUAGCUCAUCAUCUGGUCGUCGACAUCGUUUCUUGGAUUAAUAUUAUCCAGGACCUCGAGGCACUACUGACGUCUACCUAUUCGACAACAUUCAAACCCCUCUCGUUCCGCAGAUGGAAUGCUUUACAGAUCGAACAUGCCAAAUCUCUCGACAAUGGUGAACCUCUUCUGCCAUUUGCUAUCCAACCCGCCGAUUUGGAUUUCUGGGGCAUGUCAAAAACCGCCAACGUCUAUCGAGACAUGAAACAAAAGUCCUUUGUCAUUGCAGAGGCCGAUUUCGUUUCCUCCAUAUUGGGCGACUCGCACAGAGCCCUCAAGACUGAGCCACUCGAUCUAUUCAUCGCGGCAAUCCUCAAGUCUUUCGCACAGAGCUUCAACGAGCGGGAGUUGCCAACAUUGUUCAACGAAGGUCAUGGGCGCGAGCCUUGGGAUCAAACGAUUGACCUUUCACAAACUGUCGGAUGGUUCACCUCGCUCUGCCCUGUACACGUAUCACGACAGAGUCUCGACCACGGCGACGAAAUCGACCAUGUUCGUAGGGUGAAAGAUGUGCGCCGCAGCAUUCCUAGCAAUGGCCGCCCGUACUUUGCCCAUCGCUACCUCACUAAGUCAGGAAACCUCCAUCUCGGCAAUGAUGAACCAAUGGAGAUUUUGCUGAACUAUCUCGGUCGCACUCAACAAACAAACCACGGCGAUUCUCUCUUUAGCGCAGUCGACUUUCCAUUCACGGAGCAAGAUAUGAUGGCUAUUUCCGACGUCGCGCCUGAGACCUGCCGUCUGGCUCUAUUCGAGAUUACUAUAUCUGUACUUGAUGAGGGCAUUGGUUUUACCUUGAUGUACAACCGACACAUGCUUCACCAAGACGGUAUUGAGAAAUGGGUCUCUAACUGUAAGGAGAUCAUCAUCAAUACUACGAGAAAGCUAGCCGAGACCCCAUCUGCUCCCACACUCAGCGACUUUCCUCUCUUGCCCAUCAGCUACACGGAGCUGCACGAGAUCAUCACUACACAUCUUCCCAAUGCUCAUGUUCCGUUUGACAAGGUGGAAGAUAUGUACCCAUGCUCGCCUAUGCAGACUGGCAUAUUGCUCAGCCAGCUCCUAGAUCCAUCGCAAUAUCUGUUCCACGUUGUUCUUCAAGUUACUCUCCCCGAUGGCUCGGCCAUCGAUACUGCGAAACUCGUUCAGGCUUGUCACAAAGUCAUUGAGCGUCAUCCAGCAUUGAGAACUGUCUUUAUUGAUAGCUUGCGCCACGGUGGCUCAUUCGAUCAGGUCGUGUUGCGGCCUUUUGAGUCUCAGAUCAGUACUAUCAAGUGUCGGGAAAUCGACGUCAUGGCCGAGCUGAACUCCAGGUCUCUCAGCGAGACCAACAAAACACGCGAUGGCCCUAUGCUCCCCUAUCAGAUCACCAUCUGCGAGACGCCACAAGGAAAGGCUUUCAUGAAGCUUGAACUGAACCACGCGGUUACCGACGGCGCUUCGACAUCAAUCCUCCUCCGUGACAUAUCCAACGCAUACACCAACAGCUUGCCUCCAGCUCGGGCCCCUUCCUACAAGGAAUACAUCAAAUACAUUUCCAACCAAUCCACCGCGUCGAGUCUUGACUUUUGGAAAGGCUAUCUGUCGGGAUCAGAGCACACCGGAUUCCCAACAAUUAACCCAGACCUGAUGUCUCACCGCCGCCUAAAGUCUGUUGCAGUCCAGUUCGAUCGUUUCUCAGAGCUGCAAUCCCUUGGCUCCAAACUCGGGGUGACAUUCUCAAACAUGGUCAUGGUGGCGUGGGCUCUGCUACUUGGAGCUUACACAGGCCGCCAAGAUGUGUGCUUUGGCUAUCUGGCCUCCGGACGUGAUGCCCUCAUUGAUGGAGUUGAUGGCAUUGUUGGUCCUCUCAUCAACAUGCUCGUGUUCCGCUUCCAGUUUACGCCCGGAAUGCCUCUCAAGACACUCUUCUGCAGCGCUCGAGAUGACUACGUGGCUAGUCUACCGCACCAGCAUUUCUCUCUGGCUCGUGUUAGCCAUGCCUUGGGCCAAGCCAAACGGGGCUUCUUCAACACAGCCGUGUCCAUCCAAAACGCCGGUGUAUCAAGUGGCUCCGAGUCCACCUCGCUCACCUACGAAGCCGUCGAGGCCUAUGACCCAAGCGAAUACGCCGUCACGCUGAACGCCAAUGCCACACGAGGUGACCAAGGUAUUCUCUUCCGUUACUGGACCAAUGUACUUUCAUGCUCGCAAGCCCAGGACCUCGCUGUCAACAUGUCCGAGCUGCUGAACGACUUUAUCGAUCACAGCGAGAGCGCUCUGUCCCAUCUUCGAAUAUCACGGAGUUCACCGGUGAUUAGCAGUGUGUACACACAUUCGCCCGAGGUUGACGGCUGGGCGUCCCAUCAUGACGAUACGAACAGCCAACCCAAGAUGCACAGCUCGGGAAUCAGUGCAUCUUCGACUUUGAUCGAUAUUGGUGACGCAGCCUCCAUGUCAUCAAACAUGUGUGAUUCGUUUUCGCGGGAUAGGAAGCAUCUCCACAACAAACUGUCAGCAUUAUGGAGAGACAGUCUCGAUUCUGAGGGUUGUGCAAUCUCACCUACUGAUAACUUCUUCGAAUCCGGCGGUGAUUCAAUUAUCGCCAUGUCAAUGGUGGGCAAUGCGAGAGAGCUGGAUUUGCCGCUUACUGUUGCCGAUAUCUUCAAAUAUCCAGAAUUCGGUUCCUUGUUGGAUUGCCUCAACGACAAGUCAUACAGGGAUGAUGACAGAGCUUCUGGUCAUGACCACAUGGAUUUCUCUAGCUCCAAGAAGGAGAAUCACAACACGAGUGAACAACUUUACAGGCCCCUCUCCAUGCUCGAAACAGUUGACGCUGAGCUAUUCGUGCGAAACCAUGUCUGUCCUGUUGUCGGCGUGUCCCGAGCCAGCAUUAUCGACGUCCUCCCAACCACCGACUUUCAAGACCAGGCCAUCCAUGGGAGCCUUCUCAAGUCACGAUGGCAGCUCAACUACUUCUAUCUUGAUUCUACAGGCUCGCUUGACAUCUCCCUACUACAAGAAAGUAUCACAAACGUUGUUGCCGCUUACGACGUGUUGCGCACUGUCUUCGUCUUCCAUCAAGACCGUUACUUGCAGGUCAUCCUCCGACACGCCCAACCCACGCUCAUUGUUGAAGAGGUUGAGAGCAUCGAUCAAUUUACUUCAGAACUUGGAUUGGCCCAUCAGCACGAGGUUCCGCUUCCUCAGGAACCCUCCCUCCGCUUCAUAGUAGCGCGACAAAAGUCGUCGGAACGACAUCGAAUCUUUAUCAGGAUAUCUCACGCGCAGUAUGACGGCUUGUGCUUCCCAACUAUCCUACAGAGUUUGAAAGCUUCAUUUGAGGGAGAACCUAUCCAUCCCACACCCUCGUAUGCAAGUUACAUCCAGAGGGUGUUGGGGAUGAACAAACAAGGAUGCUACGCGUACUGGAGAGCCCUUCUGAAGGAUUCUACUCCCACAGAUGUCAUCCAAAGACAACGUAGUUCCUUACAAGCAAGCCCUACCCAAGUCUUGAGAAAGGUCGUGUCUACACCCUCGCUCGCGUCAGUCAACACCACAACCUCUACUGUCAUCAAGGCUGCCUGGUCAACAGUAUUGGCAAAAGUCACAGGGAAGACGGACGUUGUUUUCGGUAACAUUAUCAGUGGACGCAAUGGCAGCAAGGUGCCCGGAAUCGAAAACAUUGUCGGCCCUUGCCUGAACGUGGUUCCCGUACGUGUUCGUCACCGACCCUCUUGGACCGUUCUGGAUCUCCUUCAAUACAUCCAAAGUCAGCAGGUGGACAAUAUCCCGUAUGAAACACUGGGCUUCAGGGAGAUUAUCAACAAGUGCACUGAGUGGGAUGAUGAUGGAGCUAACGGCUUUUCCACUGUUGUCCAGCAUCAAAGUAUGCCGCAGACAGAGAGUUUCGCAAUUGGGCAAAACACGUACCAAGUUGGUGUGAUGGGUUCGCAAGAAGACAGUGCUGACUUGAGUGUCGUGACUACGCCUCAAGAUGCCAACAGCACUGAAGUCUGCUUGAUUUACACUGGAGAUGGAGCUAUAAGCACGGCCUUCGCGGAGCAGAUAUUUAACUCUCUCUGUGAUAGGAUUUCAGUAUUCUCAAAGGACCCCUAUGCCCCAUUGUAG